UGGGGUUUCCCGAACAUCGCGCAGAAGAAGGGUGGAGCUGCUCCCCUGAGUACCUGUUGCCUCGAGGUUUACUUGUGCGCGCAGUAACGGAGAGUAGCGUGAUUAUGCAACAAAGUAUCUCUCGGCGGGUGUAAGUUGUUCGUCUGGGCGCUUUUGUUUUGCACUGUCCGUACAGGGUGUUUCAAGCUUGGAAGGGGUUGUUGGGGCCAAUGUGGGUCGCUUCAGUGGGAUACCUGUUGCCGCUUUGUGCGGUGGUCUUGCUUUUCACCUUGCAGUUUUGCAGAGUGUGCUGUGUGGAUGUUCCAACGAACGUGUCGUGUCGACCUGGGUUCUCUUCUAGCUCUUACCGAUUUCAUGUUAAGAGCACGCCCCUGUCUCACAGCACGGUCCUGGGGAAAGUUAAUUUUAGUGACUGCAGUGGCAAGACUGAUGCUUUCUAUGAAACGGAUGUUGCUCAUAUCUUGGUGGCAAGUGAUGGAACUCUUGUGGUUAAUCGGCAGAUGAAACACCAUAACCAGGUGAAGAGUUUCACUGUCCAUGCUUGGGAUUCUGAAGGAAAGAAGUUCUCUACUAAUAUUACGUUGGUGGAUCAUGGUCGGAGGCUUCUAUAUAGUCGUGGACAUGUGCAUUCUGGUCACCAUAACACAGAGCUGGAAUCUCCUAAAAUAUCAAGCCUCCCUGUUUUGACUUUUCCCAAGUUUAACUCUGGUCUGAGUCGACAUAAGAGGGCGUGGGUUAUUCCACCAAUGAAUGUUGCUGAGAACUUGAGGGGCCCAUUUCCUCUGCAGUUGGUUCAGAUAAAAUCAAGUCGUGAUAAGGAGAUUACUGUUUUCUACAGUAUCACAGGGCAGGGUGCAGAUCGGCCGCCACUGGGCAUAUUCACAAUCAAACGGGAAGAUGGUUGGGUCUCUGUGACUGUACCACUAGACAGAGAAGAAUAUGCAGAUUAUACGCUCAAGUGUUAUGCUGUUUCACAAAAUGGAGAAUCUGUUGAGGAACCUAUGGAUAUAAUUAUUAGAGUAAUAGAUCAGAAUGACAACAGACCUCGGUUCACUCAGAAGGUGUUCGAAGGUUCUGUGUUAGAAGGGGUACCACCAGUUUUGCAACUGUUGCCCCAUAGGCUAGACAUGGAGAAUAUGGGAUUUUGUCACAUGAAGUACACAACCAGUACUUGCCAGAAUUUCAUGCAGUCUGUGAACAAAUACACACUAACUAUACAGGUCGCAGAUAUGGAAGGAGAAGGUCUGAGUGCAACUUCAACCGCAAUUAUCACCAUUAAAGAUCAAAAUGACAACCCACCUUUGUUCAUUUCCAAAACGUACACAGCAAACGUUACGGAGAAUGUGGUGGAUUUUGAAAUACUGCAGUUAAGCGUGACUGAUAAAGAUGAACCGCAUUCCCCCAACUGGAGAGCAGUAUAUCGCAUAGUAAAAGGAAACGAGGGUGGCUUCUUCAAUAUAUCAACUGCAGAAAGUAAUAAUGGAAUCCUAAAAGUUGUAAAGGGCCUGGAUUACGAAACCACACCAGUAUACACUUUGCUGAUUUCCGCUGAGAACGAAGCAAGCUUCUCUAUUGCAUUGACUCCUUCCACAGCCACAGUUACUGUGUUUGUGUUGGAUCAGAAUGAAGCACCAAUAUUUAAUCCGAAGGAGAAGACUGAGCAGCUGAGAGAAGACCACCCAGUGAGGAGGGUCAUAUCGACUUACACAGCCACUGACCCAGACAAGGGGCAAAAGCAAGUAAUAAGGUAUAAUAUCAGCCGUGACCCAGCAGGUUGGCUUGAGGUUAAUCCUGAAACUGGAGUUAUAAGUUCAAAGGCAGAGCUGGAUCGGGAGUCUGUAUUUGUACAGAACAACAAGUAUUCUGCAGUUAUCCUGGCAUCUGAUGAUGGCAUCCCAUCUGCUACUGGUACUGGAACCCUCAUUUUGGAUCUUGAGGAUGUAAAUGAUAAUGCUCCAGUGCCAAGUCCUCGAGAUUUUGAAAUCUGCAAUGAAGAAGGUGUGCCUGUACUCCUGCAGAUAGUCGACAGAGACCUUCCACCGCACACUUCUCCUUUCCGAGCCCAGCUUCUGCGCAGUUCAGACAAAAACUGGACAGUCGUUUUGAAUGAAAAAGUUCUGCUGUUGCUGGUGAUCUUAUUUAUGAAGAGGAGGAAGAGUGUGAAGGAGCCCCUGCUGCCUGAAGAUGAUGUUCGGGAUAAUAUUUACUAUUACGAUGAGGAAGGAGGUGGUGAAGAUGACCAGGACUUCGAUCUGAGUCAGCUGCACAGAGGCCUGGAUGCUCGGCCAGAAAUUACUCGUAAUGAUGUUGUCCCAACUCUUAUGCCAGCCCCGCAGUAUCGCCCACGUCCAGCUAAUCCUGAUGAGAUUGGAAACUUCAUAGAUGAGAACCUGAACGCCGCUGACAAUGAUCCCACUGCUCCGCCUUACGACUCUCUCCUGGUGUUCGACUAUGAAGGUGGUGACUCUGAAGCCGGUUCACUCAGCUCCUUAAACUCCUCCAGUUCCGGGGACCAGGAUUAUGACUGUUUGAAUGAGUGGGGACCAAGAUUCAGAAAACUAGCAGACAUGUAUGGAGGUAGUGAGGACUGAAGCAUGUUUCUGUGGGACUUGCGGAGAUGGACUCCAUUGUAUUGUGUUUUUUUAUGUUUUAAAGUCUGAAUUUUGUCAGUUUGUAUUUUAAAGGUCCAACUGGGCACUGCCUCUCCCCCUGCCUAUUUUAAUGAAUUUUUAUUGUUUCAGCAUGUCUGAAAAUAAAGGUAUUUUCAUUAUAAA